AGGGUUUUGGGAGCAGCACUGGGACUGCACCGCUCCAAAAACCUCUCUGUCUCGCUCAUCUCUGCGAAAGUCGCCACCAUGAGCAGAUCGGGCCAGCCACCGGAUCUCAAGAAGUACAUGGACAAGAAUCUCCAAAUUAAGCUUAACGCAAAUAGGAUGGUUGUUGGAACAUUGCGUGGGUUUGAUCAGUUCAUGAAUCUAGUGGUAGAUAAUACCGUUGAAGUGAAUGGGAAUGAGAAGACUGACAUAGGGAUGGUGGUUAUAAGGGGAAACAGUGUUGUUACUGUGGAAGCUCUUGAACCCGUGAACAGGACAUAGUCCAUUUAGCUAUGUAUUUGGUAGAUUUAACAAACUAUGUACUUGCAAUUGAUUCUGAUGCUACCAAGUUGCUUGUAAGGAGGAUGUUGUAUAAAGACCUAUCUCAUGCUUCAUGUUAUAUUGACCUUCAAGUGGGGUAGUGCACUUGGCGCAGUCCAGAUUGUGGAUUUCAAUGAAA